AUUUUCUCCCGCCUAACGCCAAGUUCUUCUCCGUAAUUUCACUCCUAAAAAAUAAUCGGUCAGAUAUAUAGCAUCUGCUUCAGGCCGAACAUUCAGAGGUGAGCUCUUCCCUCGCUUCUGCUUCAGGCCGAACAGCUUCUCCCUUUCUGAACGAAGCCUCUCGCUCAGAGAACAUCUUCUCCCUUUUUGAACGAAGCCUCUCGCUCAGAUGUGCUGCGAUUCAGAGAUCGACGAUUAUUGCUGCAAUUGAAGGGAUGGACAACCAUUUUCUGCCUGUCACAACCGCAAUAGAAGAGCAAAUCUCCCUUGCAGUUCGAAGCCAUCAGCCUCACGCCUCAGUCUCGGUAUAGCUCCCAAAAAGAGUAAUCGGUCCUUUUCCCUGAGCUAAGCCUUUCCAUUUCAAAUUUCUCCAUGAUGUUUGGUCAAUUAUUUUAAGGAAUUAUAGAGUUGAACACAAGGCUGCAGGACCAAAUCUAUAUCAACAAAAAGAAAGGGAGGCAGCGAUGCUUGCAAAGAAGCAAAAGACCUACACAAUAAUAGAGGAUGAUGCUGAUGAUGAUGCUGAUGUUCAUAGCAAUGCUCACGUGUCUUCAGAAAGUAGGAGGAAGGACAAUGGAAAGAGAUUUAGAAGGAGGGCGGUUUCAGAAGCUGUUGAAGAUGAAGAGAAAAAAAGAGAAAUAGAAGAGGAAAGACAAAAAAAAAGAGAAAUAGAAGAGGAAAGACAAAAAAAAAGAGAAAUAGAAGAGGAAAGACAACAUCUUCACUUACACGCUGGAAUUUGGAGAGUUUCUUGCAACUUUAAUCGUUCCCUAUGUGUCUUUUUGACAACGUGGUUUCAUCUAUCGACAAAGGUUCUUUUCUGCUGCUCAGCACUGUUCUACAGAUGGAAUAGUGAUUGAUCCUUUAGUGAAUGUACACUCCUCUUGCAAUUGUAUGUCGCUCAACGAUUGCUCCAUGAUUGGCCAUCCAAAUUCUCUGUCCUUCCCUUACUAAAAGGGCUCACAGCUUGCUUUUGAAUCAGGUCUCAAAUCAAAGGUUUGAUUGUGUUUCUGCUGUGUUUCUGUUUGCUUGUUUUAUCAUCUUUCUAAUUGAUUUGUGGGAUUUGAGAUUUCUACACCUCUAAAGAGACUUUCUUAUUAUACAAGGACUGAAUUAGUAUCACAUCUUAGCAUUUCUGUACCUUUACGCCAGUCAUAAACAAACUAGGAAUUACUGAAACAAAACAAGCAUAGGGUCCUGAUCAUUGAAAUAUAUGCUCUUUAAACUUGAUGUACUAUUAAUUGCAUUGUUUUUAUGUCAAUUAUAUUGGUAUAUUUUAUUUGUAGACACAAAAACUUGUUUUAGUUGGAUGCCCCUUUUGCUAUUCUAUCAUCUAGGAAAGUAGAUAUUUGUGAUUUGGCAUGAAAUCCAUCUCUCCUCAGUCCCUCAUAAUGAUUAAUCCGUGUGUUUUGAAUUAUGAACACGUCAAUGAAUGAUCCAGUAACAUACCUGUGAGGCUAUGACAAAAUGUAGGAUGAUAUUGGAUUAAACCAUCCCAAUUUGAGGUCAUUUAUAUGGCCUGAUCCUAUGUUUAAACAAUGUUUUAGAUCUACUCUGUUGGGUUUCAAAUACUCUCAAUCUUAGAUCUACAAAGUUAUAAGCGUGAGUGAAGUAACAUGUGGUUAUUGAACUGUGCUGCGGAGCAGUUUACUAUUAUUAGAUCAACGACACUUUCACUACUCGGUUAGGUAAAUUUAGUCUGCAAAAUGGUCUUCAUUUACUCAUCAGGCGUUUUAGUUCCUCCAAUUACAAAGCUUGUUAUGUUGCUAUGUUUUUUCUUUGAUUUUGAGGAGGAUGACUUUCACACUUACGAUAUGACAAAUAAGGUUAGCUUGUGCUUUCUUUCACCAAUGCCAACAUAUGAUUGCGAAUAACUCCAAAUUAUGUGGUUUAAUGUGUGUCGAUUACAAUCUUUCAAAACUUGUUUAUCAUGUUGUAAUUAUUUUCUUUUAUCUUACUCUUUGGUUCUAUGUAGUUUGAACUAAAUAAUUCUAUAAUGGGCCACUUGAUGUAGGAUUUCACUUUGUAGCUUUGUUUUCGUUUAUAUGUACGGAGUAGUAUGACUUUUUGGAUGAAUGGAUUGAUUGUCUAAGCUAUAUCUAUGUUGAAUGGGGUGAUUUUUUUUUUCCCACUAAGUGGUUUGUGAGAGCUCAUAUAAUGUCAGUUGGUUUACACACUCCCUAUGGCACGUAGGUGAUUCUAAUAUGCUUCAAAGCAUAAAGCACGUGCCAUGAAUGUUCCAUAUUUGGACACUCAUAUAGUCAUGUCCCUACAUGUAUGAGGUGGUAUUAAGACUGAAACCAAUUAGCCAUGGACUCGGGCCGGGUUGGACCCGGGCCAAGUCCCAGACGGGCUUCGGGACUAAGGAAUUCAUGCUCGGUACCGGCCUGGUUUGUACCACAACUGGUUCUGAUCCGGGCUACCCGGUCAGACUUCGAUCCGGGCCCGGGGUCAGGUCGGGCUUGUGUCAUUAAAGGAUUUUGUUUUUGAAUUUGUAACUGUUAGGAUCAGGUUGGCCCACCAAAAUGCAAGCCCGUGUCCCGCCUCCUAAAUCCGCCGGUUCGGAUACCGGGUCAGUGCCGAUCCCGGUCAACUGGGCCUGGGCCGGGCCUAAACAGUACUAGGCUGGGUCGACACGUCCCACUCCAUCCCUCAAACCAAUGCUUUUAAGCCCUUGUAUAAGAUUUGUCCUCAUUUUUUACUCCCAUUUUCAUGCACCAGACACUUUUAUACAUAACCUUUUCAUUUAUGUUAUUUUUAUAUAUUCACAUUUCAUCCCAAAAAUAAUGCUUCAAAUAUAUGUAUAUGCAUGAUUUUUGCAAUAGAAACCUUAAUAAAAACAUAUGCAAAUGUUUAUACGAUUAUAAUAUAAUAUUGGGCAUUCUCAAUCGCGCAACGCGCGUAUUAAAAACUAGUAAUCUAUAUAAACACCUCUUAUGAUCGCCUAACGCUUGCAGUCGUGCUACGCCUCAGCUGAUUUUGUUCUUCCUUUUUUGCUCUUAUUUUCAACAAUUAUUACAAGGUAAGUAGUUAUGAUAUUAAUUUAUGUAAACAACUGCGUAUCUCUUAUCUCUUAUUUAAAUUUAAAUUACAAUACCAAGUACCAGCUGAUUCCUUUUUUUAAUUAUGUGUUCUACUAAUUAUAGUUUAGAAAACAAGAUUGAUUAUGUGUUUUAUUAAUUAUAGUUUUCCAAAAAAGUCGACUAUGUGUUAUAUUAGUUUCAGCUUUAAGAAAAAAAUUUGUUUCUCACUACAAAUAAACUAUUAUUGAUCCCUUAUAAAUGUUCUGAGUUUAAUUACCCAGUCUUACUAAAAUUGUUCUUUAGUAAUUUAGAUCAUGUCUUUAACUGUCUCAAGGAACAAUGGCACCUACAAAGAAGUAUCUGAAAGAUGUUGUUCCGACCUUACCAAAGGGUGCUGCUUUUAUAGUGAUGGUCACCAGAAAAUGGAACGAGAAGUUUGGAUUGAAAAAUCCAAAAACCAAAUCCGUUGAAAUGAUUUUCAUGGAUGAAAAGGUUUGCCGAGUCAUGAGCUAAAGCUAAAGGUCGGGGUUCCUGUGAUGCUUAUGAGUUAUGAGGAAUAUAGAUCAUUCAUCUGGAUUGUGCAAUGGCACACGACUUUUGGUUACUAAACUUUGAGAUCAUAUUAUCGCGGCUCAGAUGAUGCACGGAGAAAAUGCUGGUGAAAAGUUUAUUAUUCCUCGACUUACUUUGACACCAUCAGACGUUAGGCUCCCUUUUACUUUUCAGCGUAGACAGUUUCUGUUAAUGGUUAGCUAUGCAAUGACCAUUAAUAAGAGUCAGGGUCAAUCAUUGGAAAAGGUGGGUGUCUUCCUCCGACGGUCUGUUUUUACGCAUGGACAGUUGUACGUACAGAAGUAUAAAUCAACUAACUAAUAAAGGGAUAUAAAAAUGCAGUACAAAUUUAAAGUCUUUAAGCCCCUUGCCCCCUUUAAAUAUUACAUGACAUGGUUGGGCUUAGAAGAAAACGCAAAACAAAGCAUAGAAGGUCCUUGAUAUCCAAUCGGAAGUGAAAUAAUCAAGUCGAAGAUCACUAACCAAAAUGAGUAUGUGUCUGUAGUAUAAUGGAGCUAAUGUAUAAUGGAGCUAAUGCACUUCUACACUCUUUCUUCCAUGUGUUUUCAAUUUGUAGCUCAGUGCACUUCUCCACUUUCUUUCUUAAAGAAGAUUUCUAUUCUUUCAUGUCGUUCUAUUCUGUUGGUGUAUGAUGUUUUUUAUUCUUUUACUCAUAAUAUUCUAUACUAAUAUAUUUACAAUGUUAGUUUAUGAAUGAAGAAACUUCUUUUUCAUAUGCUUUUGGUCUAUUAUGUAGUACAGGUUUAUAAAAUUUUAGGUACACUUAGAAUAAAGUACGUAGUACGUAAUAUUUUAAGGUGCUUCCAAGUCAAACUGUUUUUAUAUGUCUAUCUAUUACCCCAGUACUACGUAUUUUUUUAUGUGUAUUUGUCUAUAUAUGCUGAGUCAGAUAGAUUCGGAGUUGAGAACUUAUCUAAGCUCAGAUUCAGCUUCUUCACCUAGCUCCGAUGCUGAUCUCUUACAUGAGAUACAUUCUCCUGAAUUUCUUAAUAGCAUUAAAUGUUCAGGUUUGCCGAGUCAUGAGCUAAAGCUAAAGGUCGGGGUUCCUGUGAUGCUUAUGAGGAAUAUAGAUCAUUCAUCUGGAUUGUGCAAUGGCACGCGACUUUUGGUUACUAAACUUUGAGAUCAUAUUAUCGCGGCUCAGAUGAUGCACGGAGAAAAUGCUGGUGAAAAGUUUAUUAUUCCUCGACUUACUUUGACACCAUCAGACGUUAGGCUCCCUUUUACUUUUCAGCGUAGACAGUUUCCGUUAAUGGUUAGCUAUGCAAUGACCAUUAAUAAGAGUCAGGGUCAAUCAUUGGAAAAGGUGGGUGUCUUCCUCCGACGGUCUGUUUUUACGCAUGGACAGUUGUACGUGGCGGUUUCGAGAGUAACAAGUCCAUCUGGGUUGAAGUUUGUCAUAUGUGACGAAGACGGACAACCUACAAAGUCUGCAUUGAACGUUGUUUACAAAGAAGUUUAUAAUAAUUUAUAAUUUAUUUGAUAAUUCUGUGGACAAACCGGCACACCUAUGUUUAAUUUCAGAGUUAACAUGACUUCUUAUUUUAAUUUUUAUUUUCAAUUAAUUGAUUCACUAUCAACUUUUC